UCUCCUGCGAUAGUAAAUAGUAUAAAUGUGUCAAUGAAACUAGAAUAAUCAUUCUAACUUCCAUUACCGAAGAAAGAACAUUCAAAAUGUCCCGAUUCGCAGUCGUUGUGUUGUGCGCCAUGGCUUUCCUGGUCCAGGCUGUGCUUAGCCAGAAACAGUACGGUUGCAACCAAAUCUCUUACGGCAAGUCCGGAGUGGUUCUCAGCGGGAUCAGCUCGAGCUCGUCCAGCAAGAGCGAGUCCAGCUACGGCUCUACCGCAUCGUACGGCGGCUCGGGCACCGGGCAAGUCGGCGUGUCCGGCGACAUCGGCGUGAGCGGCACCACCUGCGUCGUCGGCUCCGUGCCCGUGCUCGGCUCCGUCGACUUCGGCGGAUGCGUGCCCGCCUGCGGCUCCGUGUCCAUCAAGGGACAGUGCGGGUGCGGUUGCAAAGCUUAG